GCCAGGCAUUGAGAAGACGUGCCUCAUUUGUGCACUUCAGAGCAAACAUGUCUAAUGCUAGUAUUGAGCUUUGUGGUGACGCCACCGUCGGCGUACCAGAGUGGAUAAAUGAAGAUUUUUUCAAGCGUAUACUCGAAAAAUGCGAAAGCGAAAGUGUAAAGAUCCAUAAGUUGAUGCUUUCUUCUGGCACCGGUAAAACUGAUAACUACUCGAGUGUACUGUUUCGUGCUACGAUACAUUAUUCUCUACACCCCCAGCCUGCUCAGGAGAAACUUCGAUCAUUUGUGAUGAAAACUGAACCCUUCGUGGAAGGUGUGAAGAAGGAUAAUUUGAAUAAAAUACCACUCUUUCAAACCGAAGUUCAGAUGUAUAUGAACGUGUUGCCGAAAAUUGAAGCGAAGCUGCGUGAGUUUGGCGAUGAAACGGUGCUGGCACCAAAAAUCGUCUGCUUUAGUUUGAAAGCGCCGAGUUACAUAGUGUUCGAGGAUCUUGCCGUUGAAGGUUAUUCGCCCAUAAACAAUGGUUCCUGUAGUUUGGCGGAGAUCAAGCUAGCUCUUAAGAAGUUAGCUAAAAUACAUGCGAUCAGCUUUCAAAUGGCACAGACGGACCGCCACGAAUUAGCCACAUUCGAUAAGACCUACUUCAAUACAAUCGAUAUAUCUAAUUUUCCCAUGCUAAGAGAUGGCAUCAAACUAAUGAAAGAAUUAAUCAGUGACCAACCGGAUCUUCAAAAAUAUUUACCACAUUUCGAAAAGGCAGAACUUUUUUUGAUACCCAAGAUGUUGGACUUAUUGAACGCGCCUAGAAACGGUAAACGUAGUGGAAUUCAAGUGUUGAACCAUGGUGACUUUCAUAAGAAGAAUCUAAUGGUGAAAUAUGUGGACAAUAAACUGGCUGAGUUGAUGCUGCUCGACUAUCAAGUCAGCAUUUUUGGCUCUCCCGCUAUAGAUUUGUAUUAUGCUUUUACAAUGAUGUACACUCCGAGCAUGAGGAUGGAGUACGUAGAUGAACUGCUUAAUCAUUACGUACAGAAUUUCCAAGACACUCUCCAUAGUGUGCAAUACAAGGGGCACAUUCCUACCGUUAACGAGUUUAAGGCGGAGAUGCACGAUUACAGACACUGGGGUCUUUACUUGAUCUCAUCUUUGUUUUGCUUGAGUUAUGCCAUUAUGGAGGGCAUUGAAAUGAACGAAAUCAUUGAGUCAGAGGCGGCAAGGCGUGAAUUAUUUGCAAAUUUGAAGAUUCUGGAUGAGCUGCGUGUUUUGCUUCCACGCUUCUUGUCUUUAGGCUAUUUUGAGGAAUAAUACCCUUCUGUUUGUCGGAAAAUUUUAAAGCAACCAUUGGUUCUACUUCAUCUAUUUCGUAUUCCUCACUCAAGCUUUCAACUCGUUAAUGUAAAAUAAUAAGAUAAAUUGAGUUAAUAGGAUAACGUCAGAAUUGUGAAAGCACUUAUAUAAUGAAACGAUUGUCUUUUCAACUGAUAUUCAA